AAGGAUCUAUAGUCUGUGCUAAAUCUGUUGGCAAUCCUCCGAGCCUUUAGAUCUUUACCCCUCCCCCUCCAUCUGAAAUAUUACAGUCCCUAAAAACCCCCCAAAGAAAAAACACAACCACCCGCCAACUUCCCGCCCUCGCACCCUCCGGAGAAACAUUCACUUGUUUUCUCUCCAUCUCUCCAAGCAUCCUACCUUUUGACAUUGCUCUCCAGCAUCUACAAACAUCAAGACCACCAAAAUGGGCUCCCACGUCAGCGAAACCCCGGCCCUGGCCACGAACCCAAACUUCAUCUUCUUCACCGACUUUGACGGCACAAUCACCCUCGAAGACUCCAACGACUUCCUCACAGAUAACGUAGGCUACGGCUACGAGAACCGCCGCGCCGGAAACCUCCUCGUCCUCGAAGGCAAGAAGCACUUCCGCGACAGCUUCCAGGAGAUGAUGGAUUCCGUCAAGCUCCCCUUUGACCAGUGCAUCGAGUACCUCAAGAGCAACGUCAAGCUCGACCCCGUCUUCAAGGAGUUCUACACCUGGUGCCGCGCCAACAACGUCCCCGUCGUGAUUAUCUCGGGCGGCAUGAGGCCCAUCAUUCGCGCGCUGCUCGUGCAGUGGCUGGGCGAGGAGGAGGUGGAUGGGCAUAUCCAGAUUGUGAGCAACCAGGUUGCGGCGCGCGAGGGCAAGGCGAGUAUCAACGAGGAGGGCGGGUGGCAGAUUGUCUAUCACGAUGAUAGCGUCCACGGGCACGACAAGUCGAUUGAGCUGCGCAAGUACUCGUCGCUGCCUGAACGGCCUGUCAUGUUUUAUGCUGGUGAUGGUGUUUCUGAUUUGUCUGCUGCGCGCGAGACGGAUUUGUUGUUUGCCAAGCGCGAUAAAGAUCUCGUCGCGUACUGCGAAAAGGAGGGCAUCUCCUUUGUCACCUUCAACGACUUCUCCGAUAUCCUGUCCACGGUCAAGCAGAUUGUCGAGGGCAAGCUCAGCGUCAAGGACGCCGCGCGGGGACGUAUCCACUAGACGAUGAACGUAACGGAACGAUGGACAUGUAGAGGGAUACAAGAUGGGUCUCUAGGAUGGUAGAGAACAGAGGCGGUAUAGAUACCAAUAAAGCGUUGACGGUAGAAUAGGGAUUUCCGUUUUUGAUGUUAGAUAUAGACAUAGACUGGGGUCUACGGGAUAUACAAACGAGCAAUGCCACACUGUUGCCUUUGAUUAUGUUUUGCAGAUGUACAGCUUUCAUA